GUUUUGGCAUCCGUUGGCUGUGGAACAGCCUUUGCUGCAGAGGCCUGCAGAUCUUGGGCGAUUGGUGAGGAAAAGGUGCGUGGCCGCACCGAGCUUCUUGGAGGAGUUCAGGCAGGAGGAUCAGGGGCAAGCUCAGCUGCGGUCACUUUGUCCGUGGGAAGCUCCGGUCUGCCUCAAGACCAAUCCAUGCCACAAGAGUUCCUGGAUUUGCCCGAAGUGCCCGUUCCUGCCGCCCAGGAUUGAAGCCAAGUUGCAAAGGCAACGCCAUGAGCCCAGUGCCGCCACCACCAAGCAAGCCACGCCAUUUUGGCGGAGUCGAUCUGAGAGAGCCCAGCGUUCCGUGAUGCAUAACCAUCCAAAUGCCAUUGCCGAGACUUUUGCACAAGACAGCGAUCCCGCUGCAGAAACAGUUCAGCCGACAGGGCCCCAGGAAGAGCAUCGAGACACCCACGAAGUGAGCAAAAUCACCAACCAAUCAGAUGAGAAAGGAUCUCAUCCGAAACAUCCGACAUUCGACAGUGCAAUGAGCCGCGACUGGACUCAACGUCUCCAGAAGGUUCAGAUCGAGACGGCGAAGCCCGAUCUCGAGCCGAUCGAUCACCUGACGUUGGCCGAUCUUCAGAACGAGCCUGUGACGUUUGGCAAACUCCAUCUAGGGAAAUCCCACGAGGAGGUGUGGCAAAGCAGUCCCGACUGGACAAAGUGGUUUCUGUCACACUACAGCACCAGCCAGACAUUGGCUCACCGCCGUAUGAUCAAAUUCAUCCAGCUGAAGAUCGAACAGGCCGAGAAGGAGGGCAUCCAGCCGUACAGUGCCAGCAGCCUGCCAAAGGCCAAGGCCAAGGGGAUGGCGCAACCGCAGAGUGCCCAGCCCAAGAGCCUGGCGAUGCCUACUCAGGGGCCAGUGAUGCCAGGAGAAAUGACGUCCCAACAGGGAGAUUUGAUCGAGGCAAUGCCAUGGGAGCCAGAGGACCACCGGUUGGAGGAGAUGCAGAGCCUCCAACAUCGAAUGCUGAACCUCGAGAAUGCCAUGCAACAGAUCAUCAACCUUCUGGCACAAGAGCGUAUGAAUCCGUCGAAUGUUCACGAGUUCCCCGAUGUGACGGAGGAGGAAGCAUGGUGGGUACAUCCCGAAAAGCCCAUGGGACACCUUCCCGACAGUGCACUAAUGAUGUUUGAUGCAAGUUGUCAUGCAGACAAAGCUUUUGCUACCGAUGGCCGUGCAGCCAAGAGGAGAAAGCAGAACCAGCCCCGUGGGACAAAGUCCUUUGCCGCAGCCAGACCAUCCGAGGAGGGUCCCAUGCCCAAGAGAACCAAGGUUCAAGAGGGAAGUGAGAGUGAGAGAAUGCCUGAUCCACCUAUGUCCAGAGCCGAGAACCAGAGCAUGGAUGAGGUGACACCCGAAGUUCCGGCCAGGGAUACAAGCCCAGAGAAUGCCAAAGGGUCAAAAGGAGAAGAGAUAUCUGAAGAGAAGACGCCAGAGACACCAGAAGAUAAGAAAGAAGACCAAGAAACUGCAAUGGAGAAAGAAAGACCCGAUGUGGUUUUGGCAUCCGUUGGCUGUGGAACAGCCUUUGCUGCAAAGGCCUGCAGAUCUUGGGCGAUUGGUGAGGAAAAGGUGCGUGGCCGCACCGAGCUUCUUGGAGGAGUUCAGGUUGAAGGGAAUUUGGAAGACGUAACGAACUUGAAACUCCUGACGCUGGGCGAUUCUGGUGCCGUGGUGGCAGGACAAUGUGCUGGCAAAUCCACGCUGGUCCAGGCUUUCUGCACUGAAGAUGGGGUAUUUGAGCCUGGCGCCGAGUCGGGGCCCACUGUAGGGGCAGACUUCAAAGUUCGGAUGCUGAAGCAUGCGGGCAAGGACUUCCGCGUCAACAUUUGGGAUGCCAGCGGAGAUCUUAAGUUCAUGGACGUGCGAAAUGAGUUCUACAAGGAAACGCAGGGAGUGAUCUUGGUCUUUGAUGUGACUUCCAGACGAUCCUUCCAGAAUUUGGAGAAGUGGAUGGAUGAGGUGGCAAAGUACGCUCAAGGAAGCGAACCUUUGUACGCGUUGGUUGGGACGAAGAUCGACCUUGCCACGCGUUUGGUACAGGAGCCGGUGGCUCGAGAUUGGGCCAAGAGCAAAGGCAUGCCCUACUUCGAGGUUUCAGCGGCACAAGGCCGAAAUGUGGAAACGGUCUUCAAAGAAAUGGCCAGCCGUCUGUCCUGA